AUGCCUGUUGAAUCCACUGUGAUCACUCUUUUCGUGUCAGACAUUCAUAACAAGCAGGAGCCCUGCUGUAUACCAGAAGUGACUGUCAGGCCAUCACUAAAUAUAGACCUCUCAGGUUUGUCUAGUUGUGUUGAGCUUCAGAAGUGGCCACAUCUACAAAAAUUGGAGAUAGCAAAGUUGGAUGUGGAUGAAGUCCACUUACUCAUAGGCCAAGACUGUGCAGACCUGCUGCUGCCUGACGAAAUUAAGAAGGGACAUCCUGGUGAACCUUUUGCCGUCCAUACACCACUUGGUUGGGCUAUCAAUGGCCCAAUUGACCCCUUCAAACCUGCCGUGAAGACGUCUUACUUUGUGCAUAAUAGGUCAUCUCUAGAAAGAGACCUUAGCAGGUUGUGGGAGCUUGAAGGAGUGAACUCUGAAGCUCCUGGAAUGUCUCAGAGUGACAUAAAGACGUUGGAAACCUGGGAUGCAAGAAAGACAAUAGAGGAUAAUCACUACACCUUACCUAUUCCUUUCAAGGCAGAAAGACCCUACCUGGCUGAUAACUGCAACAUGGCAGAAAAACACUUGCGAAUGCUAGGAAAACGGUUGAACAAGGACAAUAAUUUGAAGGAGAGAUACACAGAGGAGAUGCAUAAUCUUCUUAAGAAGGGCUAUGCAGUAGCAGUUCCCCCUGAAGACCUGAACCGAGCUGAUGGUAAAGUAUGGUAUUUGCCACACCAUCCUGUGCACAACCCUAAGAAGCCAGACAAAAUUAGGAUAGUUUUUGACUGUGCUGCAAAGUAUGGAGAGUUAUCUCUAAACGAUCAUGUGUGCCAAGGAUCAGAUCUCGCUAACAAGCUGGUGGGUGUUCUGUUAAGGUUCAGGGAAGGACCCAUUGCAUUUAUGGCUGACAUUGAAUCAAUGUUCCACCAAAUUAGAGUUACUCCAGAUGACAGGGAUGUAUUACGCUUCCUGUGGUUUCAAGAUGAUGAUACCAGGAAACAAGCUUUGGUUUAUCACAUGACCUCUCAUCUAUUUGGUGGGGUGUGGAGUCCGAGCAGUGCAACUUAUGCACUCCAGCAAGUGACAAAAGAAUAUGAAGAAUUUCCGGAUUGUAUUAAGUACAGUGAUGCAUAA